GCAAGGAGAAAACAUUAGGAUGCAAUAGGUAUCUCCCCUGCGGCUGCAUACCGGGGCUAGUUCACAAGACACAGCAGCCCGCAGUCCACCGCGCUGUUCAUUGCGGCAGUACACGCGUCCCCUGUCUACGAACAAUAUAUCGUCCGCGAAACACGUGUCACGAACGAGGUGUGUGACGAACAUCGUGUCCAUGGAGACGGAGAGCAGCGGUGAGGAUGAGUCUGCCAGCCAACACUCACCUCGACUGUCACACUCCCAGCUCCAGCCACAAGAAUCAGGUGACACAGAGGAAAACAGUGAUGAUGUAGUGUCGCACCAAGAGUCAGCUCUCUUCCUGUGUGAGGACGCAGCACCGAUCCUUUCCUGGUCCAAAAACCGAAACGUGAAUCCACACGGACUGCUCGUGAAAUGGCACAGUGUGAAGAGGAGGGUGUGGAUCAGUGCUGCUGGACUCUGUUUCAUCAUAGUUUUCGUCAUCUUCCCCUUGCUGUAUUUCAUGCGGCCUUCCACUCCUCCCUCUGGGAUUGAUCGUGAAGCACAGGUUCACAGUUUUCUUACUUCAAUGAUGAAUGAAGUUGAAAAAGCUAUGGACACUAGAGUAGAUCCCUGCCAUGACUUCUACCAGUACGCCUGUGGGAAGUGGGGUAUUAUUAAUCCAUCAGUUCAUGAUGUAUUGAGAUCAAGCAACUUUCAACAAAUGGAACUCUUACUUUCGAAUGCCAUAACUUUAAAGUUCAGCACUCAUGCAGAUCCACCAGCAGGCACUGAAAACACUGACCCAAUACAAGAUGCCGUACAUUUUGUUCGUUCCCUUGCAGUUAACUAUUACAAAUCUUGUCGAAAGGAGGAACUCUUGUCAUCGAGAGGCGUGACUCCUUUGAAAGAUGUUCUAAGUCAAAUGGAUCAACUGUAUCUUGAUGUCUCUCAAAAGUCUGAGCCCCGUCAUGCAUUUCAGAAGGUACUGGAAUUCGUGCACCACAAAUUGCAUCUACAUGUCCUCUUUAGUUGGAAAGUCGAAGCGGAUACCUCAGUUCGGGAUGCCGUGGUUAUUGAACUAAAUGUACCCAACGUAUACUUUAUAGAACAAGGAACAGAUUUACAAGGCAAGGAGAAGCUUAUUCGCACAUAUCGUCAGUAUGUCAAAACACUCCUGGGAAUGGUUGGCAGCUUUAACAGCAGUUUGGAUAAUGAGGUCGAUGCAGUUCUCGAACUCUUCAAAAUCUUCCGGCCAAUGAAUGGAACACUGUUUGGUUACAAGAAAACCGUUGAAAACCUGAACAAGUUAGCCCCUUUUUUAGAUUGGCAGGAGUAUUUCAAUAGUGCUUUUAAUAGAGUAGGAAUACACAUAACAGUGAAUGAGUAUGUUUUUUCACAAAUCCAAGAUUACUUACGUAUUCUUUCCAAACACAUAUUAUCGGAAAUUUCUACCAUGGGACUUGAGAGACUCUAUGUCUACCUCCGAUGGGAGGUGGCCCAGUUUUACAGCCAGUCUCUUCAUAAGCCAGCAAGGGACACUAUUCUCCCAUUGAUUGAGGAGUUAUCAAACACUAAUGUACGAGUACCCACCUAUCUUAAGUACCGUGUUCACCCUUGCUUGAUGGAGGUGGAGAAAAGGCUUCCCUUGGUCUUGCAUCACUUGGUGCUGGAGACCGUCAGUUCUCGGCUACCCAAAGGAAUAUCCAUCAAUGACAACAUACGAGUUACAGCAGAAAUAGCUGAAAUAAUUAAAAAACAGUUUGUAAUGAACAUAGAGUCUUUUACAUGGUUAAACACAAAUGUGAAACACUUUAUACAAGAAAAGCUGAGUAACGUUAACGUAGAGGUUGGCUAUCCGCCUAUCGUAAAUCAUCCCCUUGACCUAAAAGAGUAUUAUCAAGAUCUUACACUCACCGACAACUUUUUUACCAAUCAAAUGGAAUUAUUGAAAUUCAAUCAAGACAACUUAAUGAGACUUCUGAGGCGACCACAGAUGUACAGUGACUGGCACCUUAUAACUCCCACGACUGUGACUCCCUUCUAUGCAUAUCGUACCAAUGCCAUAUUGCUUCCCCUUGGAGGACUCAUGCACCCAGUGUUCCACACUUACCUCCCUGCCUACAUGGCCUUUGCCUCCAUUGGAUCACUUAUCGGCCACGAAUUAGGUCAUGCCCUGGAUACAAUGGGUCGUGGCCGGAAUUUGUACGGGAAAGUUAACAGGACAAUCUGGGAUAAAACCAUAGAUAAAGCGUUCAAUACACGAGUUGCGUGCCGCGUGAAGCAAUACACGAAGGACUAUUAUCCCAUCCGACACUGGCUCACCACCAAUGAAGUGCUGGCUGAUGAUGCAAGUGUUCGUACUGCAUUUAUGGCAGCAGCAACCCACUUUCACUCCAUCUGGCUACCGGACAUAGUAAUGAAGUCCUUGGUAACACUGAAUCUUUCCCCGAAACAGUUAUUUUUCGUGUAUUAUGCUCAAGUGUUCUGCUCAUCACUAGUUCAAAAAGAAAAUCCUUCAGGUAAGCCGAAACCUCAUCCUCCUGAGAAGGCGAGAAUUACUGCUACCCUUGCAAACACUCCGCAAUUCAAAGAAGUGUUCGGCUGUCAGAAAGGUACCAAAAUGAAUCCACAAACAGAAGAUUGUCAAAUAUGGUAAAUGAAUUCUUAAGAGUUGACUGUGCAAAAAAAAAUAAUAAUAACAUUAGAAAAUAUCACUGGCAUGUCAAGUGUGCACCUGUGAGUUUGUUGUAGCUGCGAAUGUACCGUCCGUGUACCCAAUCAAAUACAAAAACAAAAGAAAGCAUAUACAAGAGAAAGUGCUGACAUACAUUGUUGUCCUUGAAGAGAAUGCAUGAUGCUUACCAAAGAAUAUGAAUCAAAUACAAGAAUGAGAAGAAUGGGGAAGCGCAAAGUAGAAUAAUAGAAACUCUCUCUCUCUCUCUCUCUCUCUCUCUCUCUCUCUCUCUCUCUCUCUCUCUCUCUCUCUCUCUCUCUCUCUCUCUCUCUCUCUCUCUCUCUCUCUCUCUCUCAACAUAUCUUCCCAUACUAUAAUUACCUUGUAGGCAAAUUAAAGUCAUCAAUAUCUAUGCUACUCUUAACAUAAUCUUCACAUCUAAACCGUCAAAAGUUUCAUCAACAUUUCCUCCUCCUCACUAUUUGUAUCAGAUCUUUUAUGCUCUCUCAUUAAUUUCACCGCCCAUUCUGCUUUCAACACGUGUAUCUUGAAAGUAUUUUUUUUUUUACUGCUGAAAUUUGAAAUAGAAAGAGAGAGAGAGAGAGUGUGUGUGUGUGUGUUUGUGCGUAUGUGUGCGUAUAUACGUACAUUCUACCAAGAGCUUUUCUUUACAUGUCGCUACGGUAUUAGUGAAUAAAUUCGUAGAUGAAAGGAAGAGAAGACAUCCAGACCAGUCAUCUUGCGGGUCAGGUGAUACACUGAAGGUGGCUGGAAACAUUGGUAGUGAGGGAAUAAAGGAUGCAUUCAUACAAAGAGUGUUGCAGGACGAGAGAAGUGCUUAAUAAAUAGGGAAGGAAAGGCCAGUGUGGUAUUAUAGAAAUGUCUUCGGUGUUCAGUAAUUGUAUAAAUGUAUGUAAGUAUUAUGGGGAGUAAUGUAAGUAGGGAAAUAUAUGUGAAAAUAUAGAAAUAAUAUGUGAUAACCACUGUGUUGAACCUGCAGGACAGACCUCAGCACUUCAUUUACUCUGUGUCCAGUGAAAUAUUUGUUUUGUCUUACGUGUUAUAUAACUUAGCUCACCUUGUCCCAUGGGUCUUAAUGUUUACUUUGAACUGACUGACUUGUACUUAUCCAAUUAUUUACCAUACUAAAGGAUUAAUACCAACCAAUUACCUCUCCCUCUCAAACUAGGGCAGGGAGUUGGUGUGUGUGUGUGUGUGUGUGUGUGUGUGUGUGUGUGUGUGUGUGUGUGUGUGUGUGUGUGUGUGUUCCUAACUCAAAUGAAUUUCACUGAUUUUUAUUAUUGUUAUUUUUCUUUUAUUCUUUUUCUUAGUCUGUUUUGCGUCUUUCGUAUUUUUUCCCCAUGUUUUCCUGUUUCAUGUUAAGUUAAUUUUGGUGGAGAGGGAAAUGUAAAAUGUAAUAUAUUGUUUGUAUGA